GGGAACGCGGUAUUGGCCUCAUCAUACGGCCUACCUCUAGGUUUUCAGGAUUAUAUUGUAUUCAACGAGUCUUACGGCGAUGCUCUGAUCUACUUCAAUAAAACACCAGACACAAACAUGUCCUUUUUGCAUUCGAUGAGCGAGUUUGAGUUUAAGACAACCGGGGACGCAAAUACGGUUUUAAAAUGCCCUCCAUUCUCGGUGCCCAUCGAUGAUUUCUGCUACGGAUACAUGCUUCACUGCAAAACGUAUCAAGAUGCGUUCGAAUACUGCGACGAUCACGACGGAUCACUUGCUCUUUUGAAUAACCACAUAUUGAAAGAGAUGGCUGCGUCUAAGAUUGUAACAAACUGGCAGGUCAGUUAUGAUCACAUCUGGUCGGGUGUUGUUAGCGUAAAUUCGAUACUUCAACUGGCUAACGGGACUGAAAUAUCAGAAAACGACCUCCUUGAUUACAUGAACACAUCCCAGCCUUUGACUAUUGUAGAUGGUUCUUGCUACACAAUAGAAUUCGGCAAUAGCUUAACAUUAGUGCCAAGAGCCUGUAAUGAAAGUUAUUUCUUCGUAUGUAAAAUGGAGAGAGGUUUAUUUGACGAUAUAUCUAGUCUUAGUAUGUCAAAUUGGGCAGAUUGUACUAUUGUCAACUGCAAAGUGCCAACAGUAGAACCAGUAGCAACAACAGAGGCAAUAACAACAGAAGCAACAACAAAAGCAAAAACAACGGAAGCAACAACGGAAGUUACAACAGAAGGAACAACAGAAGUAAUAACAACAGAAGCUACAACAGAAGGAACAACAGAAGUAAUAACAACAGAAGCUACAACAGAAGGAACAACAGAAGUAAUAACAACAGAAGCUACAACAGAAGGAACAACAACAGAAGGAACAACAGAAGCUACAACAGAAGGAACAACAGAAGUAAUAACAACAGAAGCUACAACAGAAGGAACAACAGAAGUAAUAACAACAGAAGCUACAACAGAAGGAACAACAGAAGUAAUAACAACAGAAGCUACAACAGAAGGAACAACAGAAGUAAUAACAACAGAAGCUACAACAGAAGGAACAACAGAAGUAAUAACAACAGAAGUAACAACAGAAGCUACAACAGAAGGAACAACAGAGGCAAUAACGACACAAGCAACAACAGAAGGAGCAACAGAAGCAAUAACAACUGAAGUAAUAACAACAGAAGAAACAACUAAAGCAACAACGGAAGCUACAACAGAAGCAAUAACAACAGAAGCAAUAUCAACAGAAGCAACGACAGAAGCUAUAACAACAGAAGCAACAACAACAGUUAAAGAAACAACAAAAGAAACAACUGAGGAAGCAACAUCAAAACCAGCAACAGAAUUAACGACAACUGAAAUAUUAUCAACAGAAGCAACGACACUGGGUGGAACGACAGAAGCAACAACUGAAGGAACGACAGAAGCAACAACAGAAACGACAACAGAAAACCCAACAGAUGGAACGACCGAAGCGCAAGUAUUAUCAACAACAACAACAUCAGAAAGAUAUGGUCCGUAUACUGUUAGUCCUCUAUAUUAUCCAGAUCUGUAUAUCAAUUUACAUAUAGGCCAUGGCCUUUCAUCUGGUUCUCUUGUAUUAAAAAACACAACGCAAACUGUCAUUUACUUCUAUUCGCCACCAAUUGGGUUAACCGAGACAGAAUGCAGACAAAUCACAUUGGAGAUAAUCGACACUGUUAACAAUAAAGCAAUGUACUUGGAAUAUACUAACAGUGAUGACGUCUACACAAUACCUUAUGAGGAUCUGAAUGUCACACAAGCUGCGUUGACACUACGGUUUUACAAUGGCAAUGUGAUCUUGUCUUCCUCGUCUGAUCUUAGUAUUGAGAAUUAUGUUGUGUUUAAUGACUCAUAUAAUAAUUCUCUUACCUACUUCAACAAAACACCGGAUUCUAACAUAACAAUGAUGUAUUCGAUGAACCAGUUUGAGUUCAGAACAACUGGUGACGCAAAUACUAUUUUAAAAUGCCCUCCAUUCUCUACGUUGAUCGAUGAUUAUUGCUAUGGAUACAUGUACAAUUACAAAACGUAUGAAGAUGCAUUCAGUUACUGUGACGAUCACAAUGGAAGCGUUGCCCUUCUAAAUGACUACAUUUUAAAACAAUUGGCUGACUCUAAAAUUAUAAGUGAUUGGCAGAUGGAAGCUGGUUAUCAGAUCUGGACAGGAGUUAUUUCGAGAAACACAUCAUUUAAACUAGCUAACGGGAGUGAAAUAGCGAGAAGCGACCUUAUGGAAUUCAUGAAUAUAUCCCAGAAUUUGACAACGGAUAACGAUUCUUGCUACACAAUAGAAACUGGCAACAGCUUUACAUUGGUGCCGAGAAAUUGUGAUGAUGAUUUCUUUUACGUUUGUAGAAUAGAGAAAGGCUAUUAUGACGACAUUUCGAGUCUGGGUAUUACCGAUUGGGCAGCUGGCACAAGAGGGAAAUGUUCUGCGCCGGUUGCCAAACAUGUGGCAGUUGGAAAAGAAAGAUAUGGUCCAUAUAUUGUUAGCCCUUUACAUCAUCCAGAUCUAUAUAUUAAUUUACACAUUGGACAUGGACAGUCUUCUGGUUCUCUCUUGUUGCGAAACACCACACAAACUGUCGUUUACUUCUAUUCCCCACCUAUCGGAUUAUUAUACACAGGAUGUAGACGGAUGACAUUGGAGGUUGUAGACACAGUUUACAAUACCGCAGCGUACCUUGAGUAUUCUAAUAUAGCCCAUGAUGUAGCAUCCACGAAAUAUUACGAGGAUCUGGACUUCGAUCGAGCUGCCUUCCAUGUAUCGUUUAAUAACGGAAAGGCGAUAUUGAGCACCUCAUAUGGCCUACCUCAUGGUUUUGAGGAUUAUGUUGUGUUCAAUGAGUCUUACGGUGAUGCUAUGACCUUCUUCAAUAAAACACCAAAUACAAACAUCCAUCUUUUGUAUUCCAUGUACCAGUUUGAGUUUAAAACAACCGGCGAUGCAAAUACAAUUUUAAAAUGCCCUCCAUUCUCGGUGCCGAUCGAUGACUUCUGCUACGGAUAUAUGCUUUUCUGCAAAACUUACCAAGAAGCAUUCGAAUACUGCGACGAUCACAAUGGAUCACUUGCUCUUCUGAAUGACCACAUAUUGGAAGAAAUGGCUGCGUCUAAUAUAGUAACAAACUGGCAGCUUGGUUAUAAGCAGAUUUGGUCGGGAGUUACUUACAAAGACUCGAAACUUCAAUUGGCUAACGGGACUGAAAUAUCAGAAAACGACCUCAUGGAUUACAUGAACACAUCCCGGCCUUUGACUAUUGUAGAUGGUUCUUGCUACACAAUACAAUUCGGCAAUAGCUUAACAUUAGUGCCUAGAGCCUGUAAUGAAAGUUAUUUCUUCGUAUGUAAAAUGGAAAGAGGUUUCUUUGACGAUGUAUCUAGUCUUAGUUGGACAGGUUGGGCAACGUGUCACGUAAUUGAUUGCAACGUGCCAGUGCCAGUAACAAGAGGGGAACAAACCUCACCAGCGCUAUCAUCAAUACAAACAUUUACGACAGAAGCAACAACUGAGUUUACGACUGAAGAAAUGACAACAAAAACAACAGCUGAGGCAACAACAGCAGCGACUACUAUAGCAACUACAGAAACAUCAACAAUAAAAGCAACAAUUGAAGUAACAACAGACGAAAUAACAAUAAAAGCAACAACAGUAGUUACGACUGAAAUACUAGAAGUAAUGACAGAAACAACAACAACAACUAUAGCAGCAGAAGCAAACACUAUUGCAGAAAUAGAAGAGAUUUAUGUCCCCGCAAAGCGUAUUGAACACGAGCCAGAGGAGGCUCCUCAUGCCGCGGCUGUAGGAAUACCACCAGUGUUGACCAUGUUUAUAUUUCUGUCACUCGUCAUUGCGUCUGAUCUUCGAAAAAUAUACCUUGAUAUUAAAAUGGGGGUUAAUAAUAUUCUAAGCCGUGUUCGAAAUAGCUAUACAGUACCUGCUCAGUAGUCCCCUUGCUUGCCGCAAUUCUUCCCGCUUUCCGCUCACCACUUCGCAUUUCUCUUCUGCCUGAGUGGCAAGGAAAAUAUAUUAUACUCUUCAAGCAUGGAUAUAGUUGUAUCAUACAGGGUUGUCAAAAUAUGGAAAUACUUCAUUUUCCUCAUAUCUUUGUCAUUUUAGUAAAGUUCUCUCUGAUAUCUGACACAUUUGUACAUUAUUCAAUUUCCUACC